CUGGGCUCCUCCGGCGGGGAGUCCAUCUCGGUGGCGGCGUCGUUCCUGCGCUUUACUUGCCCAGCGGACUGACAGGUAUGGCGGAGGCGAUGGAUGUGGGUAAAGACCCCAAUGGGCCCACUCACUCCUCCACUCUGUUCGUGAGAGAAGACGGCAGCGCCAUGUCGUUUUACGUGCGGCCCAGCACGGCCAAGCGCCGGCUGUCGACGCUCAUCCUGCACGGCGGCGGCACCGUGUGUCGGGUGCAGGAACCCGGAGCCGUGUUGCUCGCCCAACCCGGGGAGGCGCUGGCCGAGGCUUCGGGCGACUUCAUCUCCACGCAGUACAUCCUAGACUGCGUGGAGCGCAACGAGAAGCUGGACCUGGAGACCUAUCGGCUGGGCCUGACGGAGCAAACGUCCGAUCCGAAGCCCGGGGCUUCCACCGAGGGCUCCACGGAACCGGAGCCGCAGCCCCUGACCGGGCGCAUCGCCUACACCGACGCGGAGGAUGUGGCCAUCCUGACCUACGUGAAGGAGAACGCCCGUUCGCCCAGCUCGGUCACAGGCAAUGCCUUGUGGAAAGCGAUGGAGAAGAGCUCGCUCACGCAGCACUCCUGGCAGUCGCUCAAGGACCGCUACCUCAAGCACCUACGGGGCCAGGAGCACAAGUACCUGCUCGGGAACGCCCCGGUCAGCCCGUCCUCCCAGAAGCUCAAACGGAAGGCGGAGCAGGACCCCGAGGCCGCGGAUAGCGGGGAGCCACAGAACAAGAGGACGCCAGACUUGCCUGAGGAGGAGUGUGUGAAGGGAGAGACCAAGGAGAAUGGAGAGGCAGGCAACAAGCUCUUUGAGGAAGCCACUCCGGAGUUCGGAGAAGCCGUGGUGGAUGAGAGCCCUGACUUUGAAAUACAUAUAACGAUGUGUGAUGGUGAUCCACCCACACCUGAGGAAGAUUCAGAAACACAGCCAGACGAGGAGGAAGAGGAAUCAAAAGUUUCUACACAAGAAGUGGGAACUGCCAUUAAGGUCAUCCGGCAGCUAAUGGAGAAGUUUAACUUGGAUCUAUCAACAGUUACACAGGCCUUGCUGAAAAACAGUGGUGAGCUGGAGGCCACUUCCUCCUUCUUAGAGUCCGGACGGAGACCUGACGGUUAUCCGAUUUGGUGCAGACAAGAUGACUUAGAUUUGCAGAAGGACGAUGAUGACACGAAAAAUGCACUGGUCAAAAAGUUUGGAGCUCAGAAUGUUGCUCGGAGGAUCGAAUUCCGAAAGAAAUAAAUGGACAAGAUGAUGGAAAAGACAUGUGAUGAUGUAAGCACCUGUGACCAGUGACACCGACCAGCAGGUGAUCAUGUCAGCACCAGUGAUACCACCGGUGCUGCUGCUCUGUGAACUCCAGGUCUGUAGCCAAGCAGUGUAAUGUAGCAGGAUAAAACAAAAGAAACUGGAGUUAGAACCACCAUGGCAAGUAGCCCCUGUUUAUGAUAGGCAAAUCUAAGCCAGAGAGGUUGGUCUGUGUAGUAGUCAUUCUUGGUUGGAAUGUGUGUGUGUGUGUGUGUGUGUCCCCAUUGUACAGGUGACAGGAGCCAAGUGACAAAGUCAAGGUUGGGAAUGAAAGGGCAUUUGACUUGGUGAGGAAAUAACUCUUGUCUUUUGGCAGAAGUUGCUUUAGCUGGAGGGUCCCAAACCAAGAGUCUAGAAAAAGAUUUAGUUGCAGAGCUUGUACCUGGACUGUCCCAAACUAUCCCAUCCCCCAGGGAGCUCUGGAUUCUGUGUUGGCUGUGUUGAAAAAACCCCACAGUCAUCUUGCUAUAAGUCUUUGAAAUCUCUUCUUCCUUGGCUGUUGCUUUUUGAGCUCCGAGUCAGGUCUCUAUAGCACGUAUUUGCUCACUUACCACUCAGUUUUGUGUACAUGAAGCCUUAGGCUUGUAGGAGCUUCCAUCCUUUCUACAUUAUAAAAGGUGUCAUGUACAAACUUCACAGUCAAGCUGGGCGUGGUGGUGCAACUUGGGAGGCAGAGGCAGGCGGAUUUCUGAGUUCCAGGACAGCC